AUGUCCAUUCUCGACAACGUCGUCUUCUGCUCUCUCCUUUGUGUGAUCGGAGGCCUGUCCACGGCCUCUCAGGGGGCAAUCAACUCCAGGUUGGGACAGUACACCGGCCAGGGAUUGUCAUCGACGAUCGUCUUCUGCAUCGGCGCCGUGGCCUCUUGCAUCUACUUCUUAAUCGAGGUCAGAGGUCGUCCUCCAGCUAAUCUGGCCCUGAUGAUCUCCAAGGCUCCCUGGUGGUCCUGGACUGGAGGUGUCCUUGGCGCGAUUUUCAUCAUCGUCACCAUCCUCGCCAUCCCUAAGCUCGGCGCCGGAACCACGACGGCAAUUAUUAUUUGCGCCAAGUUGAUAUUCUCGUGCCUCAUUGAUAACUUUGGAUUCUUUGGAAUCCCUAAAAGAAAGUACACGAUCUGGCGCGGUCUGGCGACUAUUGGGCUUAUUGGGUGCGUAGCCGUCAUCUCCGUGUUCUAG